AUGGGCGCUGAGCCAGCCUUGGACACGGUCGUGUGGUUUCCCGUGAGAUCCAACUCAAAAUUUUUCCUUUCACUGCUGCCAAUUGAUGGAGGAAAGCUACAGCAGGAGGAUCCAACCGCUGCUAUAGAAAAGAGGAGGGAAGUCGUAAUCCGAGGCCUAAUUGAAUACAUGGGGGAGAAGCCAGGAGACUUGAUUUCAGAUCUACAGAGUCUGGAGGAAACUGAAGACACUCGGCAGAAUAUCGCCUAUCCAGUGAAGAUUGUCAAAGUUGGUGACACGUGUCUAUGA